UUCUUCAACGGUGGCGAAGGUUCUCAUAGCUAAAAUGGCGGGAACAACGGUGACGAUGAAGAUGGAGAUCAUUGCCGCAGAGACCGUGAGACCAUCUUCUCGGACGCCCCCUCGCCUUCAAAACCUGAAGCUCUCCCUUCUCGAUCAGAACGCUCCGCCUGUUUACUUCGCUUUCAUCCUUUUCUACGCCGCCGAGCCCGAUUACAUCGACGUCGCCGGAAGAUCCAACCGGCUAAAGGAAUCUCUGUCUGAAACCCUGACUCGCUUCUACCCGGUGGCUGGAAGAAUCAAAGACCACCGCUCCGUCGACUGUAACGACGAGGGGGUCCGUUAUUUGGAAGCUCGAGUGAGCUGCCGUGUCCGGGACGUUCUCUCCAACCCGGAGCACGAGACGGUAAAGCGUUUGAUUCCGGAGGAACCCACGUCGGAGCUGGGCGGCGCGCCUCUGCUACUUGUUCAAGCUAACUUCUUUGCCGGCGGUGGAAUGGCUCUGGGUGUUCUAACUUGGCACAAAAUCGCCGAUGGAACCAGUCUCUGUGCGUUCAUCAAUGCCUGGGCCAGUACUGCUCUGGGAUUUCCCGACACGGCGGUUCCUAAUUUCACGGCUGCCUCCUCCCGCUUCCCGCCGAGAGAUCAACCGCCAGCCACCCUGAGCGAAGUCGUCAAGUUCAAGCAACCGGAAGAAAAGUUUACUGUUAAGAGGUUCGUGUUCGAGGCUUCAAAAAUCGCAGCCCUCAAGGCUAAAGCCGCCGGCACGCGGGUCCAGUCCGUCACGGCUCUUCUUUGGAAAUGCGCCCUGACUGCAGCGAGAUCGCGGCGGCGGAAGCCACUGCCGCGGCCAUCGGCGUUGAUCGGGGCGGUGAACAUCCGGCCAAGGCUUGUGCCGCCGCUGUCGCAAUACUCUUUCGGGAAUGUGCUCGGGCUGCUGCUGGCUCUGGCCGAUGCCGAGGAAACCAAUCAGUUGCGUAGCUUGGUGCGUUGUUUGAGUAAAGGGAUUGAAGAAUCGACCUGUGGCGAUCGGGCCAUGAAGCUAGAGAUGCUGCAGAAGGUGAAGAACGGCGAUGGCGAUACAUACGUUUAUGGGUGUUGGUGUGGGCUGCCGGUGUACGGCGCCGGAGAUUUCGGGUGGGGGAAGCCGAGCUGGGCACAAGUUGGCGUGUUUACGGCGGCGAAUGCGAUUGUGUUGAUGGAUACAAGAGACGGCGACGCCAUUGAAGCCAGGGUGAGCUUGGUUCCUCAGGAGAUGGCUCUGUUCGAGUGUGAUCCGGAGCUGCUAGCAUUUGCCUGCGCCAAACCUAAUCCCACUUGUUAAUGUGAAGAUUAAUUUAAACUAUGGUAAAUAAUAUGAUGUUAUGUAAGCAAAUAAUUUUUGUAAUCUUAUUCAUC